AUGUCAAGUAAAGAUACAAUACAACAAUGCCUAGAACAACUAUCAGCACAAUAUUCAUCAUUAUUUAAUGAGAUUGGUGUAAUGGGAAAUGCCCCCGAUAUAGAUACUAUGUUUAAACCUAAUCUUUUUCACUCCUAUUCAACAUGUAAUCUAGAUGAAAAGGUUAAUAAUCUACAAAGAACAUUAGAGGCAAUGAAAUUAACGUUUCAUCAAUACGCUCAAUGGCAAACUGAUCCUCUUUAUUUAAAAGUUAUUAAUAAUCAAAAGUUUGUAGUAAUAACAUCAAACAAGGUAAAACAAAUUACAAAAUCAAUAUCAGAUAGUACAUUAUUUGGAAAGAUGUAUCUUGAUGUAUUGUCAAGUUAUCAACAACAAGUUAGUAAUACCACUGCAAACCAUGUAUCACAUGCAAAGAAGAAAUUGAGUUUGUUGGCUAGUAAACUACACGAUUUUAUCACUGAUCUCGAUUUAAAAUAUGGUACCUAUUCAGAUUUGGAAGAUCUAAGUUCACUUCAUAAAGUUGAUCCAAGUGAAAUGAAACCUGAAACUGUACAUAGUUGUAGUAUAUCUUCUGCUACUUUUUUACUUGAUAUAUUUAUAAAUGGUGAUGGAACAAUUAAUGAGGUUAAAUUAAUGCAUAUAUCAAUGAGUAGUGAAGAAAGUACAACUGCAUCACAAGAUGUAACCGAUGAUUUGACAAAAUCACUUAAAACAAAGGAAAAGGAUUUUGAAUUAAAGGUUAGAAGAAUUUGUAACCAAGAUUUACUAUUUAGAAAGUAUAAGAACUUUGAUCUUCAAAAAUCAGUUUCAAUACUUCAAGAUGAUUUUCAAUCAAUUAAUAAUUUAAUCAAAGAUAGAGAAGAUAUAUUUAAUAGUUAUGGAAAGAUUACAAAUGAUUAUUGUGGUAUAAAAUUUAUUUAUUAUCAAACUAUACAACAAAAAAUGAUGGAUGAAAUUGGGUUUGUUGCCUGUUUGGAAUUGGAGGAAGGAAUGAAUCCUGUUAAACUACCAUUGAUAUCAUUAUUUAGUGGUGAAAAUUCAAUUGAUGGUACUUAUUUUUUAAAUGCUCAACAAUUAUUACAAGAUCAACAACAAGAAUCAAAUAAUAAUAAUAAUAAUAAUAAUAAUAAUAAUAUAUUACCAACAACAACAACAACAACAAUUGAAUCUGGUGGUGAUUCAAUCAUGGCUGAAUUAAAUCCUCCAACUACUUCUACUUCUACAACUACUACUUCUACAUCACCAACAUUUAUAUUAUCACCAAUUAGAUUAGUUUUAAAAUUAGAACCCUGUAUUCAUAUUACAUAUGAUGGAUUAUGUAAAAUUUUAUCAAUAUUGGAACGUGAAAAGGAUAUUGUAGAUUAUACAGGACAGGUUGUUGGAAACUCAAAUCUUGCUAAAAAUCAUCUAUUGUACAUUGAAAAUCAAAUCAUUGGAUCAAAGGAUCGUGAUAAAUCAAUCCUUCAACAACAAUUUGACAAUCAAGUGUUGGGGGUUGCCCAACGCUAUUUCUACACCAACGAACAGUUCCACGUUGGUUAUGAAAUCUCUCGUAUUCCAAUUGGUUAUCCCAACCAAAUAUUCCCAAUCUUUCAGAUUCUAAGACAACAAAUUGUAUUUAAUCUAUUAUUCAAGAGUUGUUUUACCAUUCAACCACAAUUACAAAAUGAUCCUUCAUCUCCUGUUCAAGUUAAUGGUAGUAAUGGUCAAGAUACAACUAAUACUGCUGCUGCUAAUAUACCAGUAUUUGAAAUUCAAUGUGAACCAGCUCAAUCAAUUUAUAUUACCUUUUUACAUCCAACUUGUAAACAAUUUAGAUCAAUAUCAAUCAAUAUUGCUUCAGGUGGACACAUCAAUGCAACUAUUGAUGACAACUCACUUUGUUCAAAUGAAUAUUUAACCAAUAUUCUAUCAACUUCAAAAUCAAUUCCUCUAACUUUAUAUUAUAUUUUUAAUCAUCAAAAUUAA